AUGGGCGCCUUUACAGAUGUCAUUCCCGCCAGCACGGCCAAUGUCAACCCCACCACCCGGGUUUCGCGAAGUAUGCGAGUUGCACAGAGAUCUCCGUCUCCCCAUCAAAAGGCAACAUCACUCUACAUUCACUCAAUAGAGCCUGGAUCUGGAAAAGCCCUGGCUUGCUUAGGUGUCCUGGAUCUAGUCCUAGCCAGGGCCCAGGGAACUGCCAAGAUUGGCUUUUUCCGUCCCAUCAUUGGUCGAGGCACUCAAGUGGACGAAGACACGCAACUGAUACUCGAGCACUUCAAGCUCAAUCAGACUUUUGAAGAGAGCUAUGGAAUGAGAUCUGAUCAAGCCAGCAAGCUACUAGGAGAGCACCGUAUGAAUGAAGUGAUUGAAGUCGUAAUCGCCAGGUACAAAGCAUUGGAGGCGAGGUGCGAUUUUGUGCUUUGUGAGGGUCGCCAUGGAUCCGCUGUGGAGUUCAAUCUGAGUUUGGAAAUGGCAAAGAACCUAGCAUGUUCCAUCAUGAUUGUAGGCAGUGCACAAGAUCGAUCGGUAUCGGAGACCAUGGAGACAAUCCAGAUUGCCAUCGAUGGUUUUGAGGCCUACGGUGCUGAUAUUGUGGGCAUUGUUCUGAACAAGGCUGAUCACAGCAAUGUGUAUCCCCUGACUCGAGAGCUUGACGCCAGAUACAAGCAAAAAGGAUACAUCAACACUGUCAUCCCCUACGAGGAGAAAUUGAUGACACCUCGCGUUUACGACGUUGUGGAGGCUCUCAACGGAGAAGUCCUUUAUGGCGAACAGUACCUCGACAACAAGGUCAGCUCUACUAUCCUGGGAACAAUGCAGCUGCAGCACGUUCUCAAUUGGAUCCGCAAGGAUGGUUGCCUUGUUGUCACAAGCGGAGAUCGCGGUGAUAUCAUUGUCGGAGCCAUGCAGGCACACCAGUCGACAAACUACCCUCGUUUGUCGGGUAUAGUCCUAACAGGAGGAGAGAGACCAGACCCAUCGAUUGAGCUCUUAUUGGACGGCGUUUUGAACUCUUUGCCCAUCAUUUAUUUGGAAACAGAUUCAUUCACUGCAGCGUCAAAAUGCUCCACUCUGAAACCAAGCCUCCGCUCCUGCGAUCGUGAAAAGAUUUCACUCAGUACUCAAGGGUUUGCACGCCAUGUUCCCCACACUGAUCGACUGGUUCAGCGUAUCCUUGGCCUUUCCCUUCCCGAAAGCCACGGUCGAGCUUUGCGCCGCACUCUGACGCCCAAAAUGUUCUCAUACGACUUGGUCUCGCAGGCAAGAGAAACAAUCAAGCACAUCGUCUUGCCGGAAGGAACAGAUCCUCGUAUCAUCAAGGCGGCAGCACAGUUGGUGACUAGGAAGAUUGCCAAGCUCACCUUGUUGGGCAGACCCGAGGAAAUCCUCAAAUCGGCCACAGAACUUGGAGUCAACCUUGACAGCAAGGCUCUGUCCAUCAUUGAUCCAUGCUCCAGUACUGAACUCCUCAACAAGUAUGCUGAGGUAUACUACCAAUUGAGAAAACAUAAAGGAACCGUGCCCAACGUUGCCGAAGCACGAGAUGUGGUGAUGGAUUCAACGACCUUCGGAACCAUGAUGGUUCAUUGUGGCGAUGCGGAUGGGCUGGUGAGUGGAGCUCAGCAUACCACCAGACAAACGAUAAGACCUGCGUUGCAAAUCAUCAAGACCAACCCCGGAGUCAACCUCGUCAGCUCGGUCUUUCUCAUGUGUCUUGAUCAUCACGUUUUGGUGUAUGGAGACUGUGCAGUCAACCCAAACCCGACGGCACCAGAGCUCGCAGAUAUCGCCAUUGCAUCCGCCGAAACAGCGCAACAUUUUGGUAUUGACGCCAGAGUUGCCAUGCUCUCGUAUUCUUCUGGGGACUCUGGAAAGGGCUGCGAGGUAGAAAAGGUCAGGGAAGCCACCCGCCUUGCCCGGGAACGCCGACCAGAUAUCCUAAUCGAAGGCCCCAUCCAAUACGACGCUGCGGUUGACCCAGAUGUGGCUGCCUCCAAGAUGCCAAACUCGACUGUGGCGGGGCAAGCGACCGUCUUUAUCUUCCCAGAUCUCAACACUGGAAACACAUGCUACAAGAGCAUCCAACGUGAAACCGUGGGUGCUGUUUGCAUCGGACCAGUAUUACAAGGGCUCAAGAAACCUGUGAAUGAUCUGAGCAGAGGCUGCACGGUGGAGGAUAUUGUCAGCACAGUCGUUGUCACAGCUUGCCAAGCACAACAAGUUCAGCAGGCUAGAAGCGAGUGA